AUGCCCAUCACUGGUAACAAUUCUAAUGAAGAUGAAAGCGCUAUUGAGGAUUUGUAUGCUGCAUCACGUUACAGAGCAGUAACCGGUGUACUGGGCUCUCAUGCAGAAAGUCGAGAUCUACAAAUUAUCAAUUUAUCAAUUACAUUUCAUGGAGCAGAAUUGCUUACAGAUACUAAAUUGGAAUUGAACAAUGGCAGGAGAUAUGGCUUGAUUGGACUAAAUGGAUGUGGCAAGUCGUCGUUGAUGUCUGCCAUAGGAAACAGGGAACUACCAAUCCCUGACCACAUUGACAUAUUCCACCUUCAAAGGGAAAUGGCUCCAAGCGACAAGACUGCUCUCCAGUGCGUUAUGGAAGUUGAAGAGGAAAGAGUUAGAUUGGAGCAUGAAGCUGAACAUUUCUUAAUUCUGAAGGUGAAGAACUUCUCAGGUGGAUGGCGCAUGAGGAUUGCCCUGGCGAGGGCUCUUUAUAUCAAACCUGCAUUAAUGCUUUUGGACGAGCCAACGAACCAUCUGGAUCUGGAAGCUUGUGUUUGGCUUGAACAGUACUUGACCUCGUACAAGAGGAUUCUGGUCAUAAUCUCACACUCGCAGGACUUCUUGAAUGGCGUUUGCACAAAUAUUAUAAACAUGCACCUGAAGAAGCUGCAAUAUUACGGGGGUAACUAUGAUACAUAUAUUCAAACGAGAUUUGAGUUGGAGGAAAAUCAAAUGAAGAAGUUUAAAUGGGAGCAAGAUCAAAUUGCACACAUGAAGAACUACAUUGCACGAUUUGGUCAUGGCAGUGCCAAAUUGGCCAGACAGGCUAAAAGUAAAGAAAAAACGUUGCAGAGAAUGGUGGAAGGAGGACUUACUGAUAAAGUUUCAUAUGAUAAGACACUGAGUUUUUAUUUCAUGGAUUGUGGACAAAUACCUCCGCCAGUCAUCCAAGUGCAACAUGUCAGCUUCAGAUAUAAAGACGAUGGGCCUUUGAUAUACAAGAACCUUGAUUUCGGUCUAGAUUUAGACACAAGGAUUGCCUUGGUAGGACCUAAUGGUGCAGGCAAAUCGACACUCUUGAAACUUAUUGCAGGAGAGCACCACCCAUGUUCUGGUCUGAUACGUAGACAUUCUCAUUUGAAGAUUGGCAGAUAUCAUCAGCACUUGCACGAGAUCCUCGACCUGAACAUGUCAGCGUUGGAUUGGAUGAUGAAAUGCUACCCAGAUAUGAAGGAGAGAGAAGAGAUGAGAAGGAUCAUAGGUAGAUACGGUCUCUCAGGCCAACAGCAAACGUCUCCCCUGAAAAAUCUGUCUGAUGGUCAGAGGUGCAGGGUGAUAUUUGCUUGGCUGGCGUGGCAGAGACCUCAUUUGCUGCUCUUGGAUGAACCGACCAACCACUUGGACAUGGAGACGAUUGAUGCUCUUGCUGAAGCUAUCAAUGAUUUCGAAGGCGGCAUGAUGCUCGUCAGUCACGACUUCAGGCUCAUUUCACAGGUUGCUGAAGAAAUUUGGAUUUGCAAAGAUCAGAAAGUUACCAAAUGGGAAGGUGAUAUUUUUAGUUACAAAAAUUCUCUGAUCAAUGCACUGGAAAAGACGAAAAGCAAAACCAAAUAAAUUGUUUAUAAAUUUUUUAGGCAAUAAUUUAAUUUUGAAUGCUUUAAAUGUUUUUAUUUUCAUUCAUUUUUUGGUUUCUCUUCAUAGGAAAUUUUACUAGGAAUGGUUGUCGAUAUUUUGUUUUUAAUAAUUAACAAAAUGUAAUCAUUUCAAUUUUCCAGUAUGACGAUGUUGAGAAAUAAAAUUUAUUACAAAA